CAAAAAGCGCGGCCAAUUGUCAGGUACGUCUUCUUGCCCAUCAUGACUCUUUUUUUGUUUGUUUUUCAUCUUGUUUUCUUUUUGUCACACUUUCUACCCCAAUCAAAAUUCUCGCUUCCACCUCAAAAUCGUCUUUCCUCCCACUCCCCCACCACCCACCCCAUUCUCACGCAUAAUUUUUUUCACAAGCUCGUGAACGUCUGGAGCUGCUUCUAGACGAAGACUCUCCUUUCCUUGAAUUAUGUACGUUGGCAGGCUAUGACCAGGAAGACAUGACUCUCGGAGGUUCCCUUGUGGCGGGUAUCGGUCUCGUAAGCGGUGUUCUUUGUGUCGUCUCUGCCAACGUGCCAACUAUGGCUGGUGGGGCCAUGAACGAAAUUUCGGCCUUGAAAGGUGGUCGUAUCCAUCAGAUCGUUCUUGCCAAUCGCUUACCAACAGUGACACUCGUGCAAUCGGCGGGCGCCAAUCUUCAACAGCAAUUCCGCGUGUUCCACAAAGGCGGAGCCGGAUUCCGCAAUCAAGCAUUACAAUCAAAGGCAAAUAUUCCCUCGUGCUGUGUCGUGUUUGGUUCGUCCACGGCGGGUGGUGCUUACACAGUAGGCAUGAGCGACUACGUGAUUAUGGUCAAGAAACAAGCCCAAGUCUAUCUUGGUGGUCCUCCCUUGGUGCAAAUGGCCACCGGCGAAAUCACCGAUUCCGAAAGUCUGGGAGGCGCUGACAUGCAUUCACGUGUAUCAGGGGUCAGUGAUCAACUCGCCAAUGAUGAAUAUGAUGGUAUCCGCAAGGCACGUGAAUGGGUGGCCAAUCUCAACUGGGAACAAAAAGGCAAAUUACCAGCCCGCCACCUACUACAACAGUAUGAGGAGCCCUAUUAUGACGUUGAGGAACUUCUCGGUAUCGUUUCGGCAAACAUUCGUAUCCCGUUCGACGCGACCGAAGUCAUUCUCCGCAUUGUGGAUGGAUCGCGUUUCACGCCUUUCAAACCAAACUAUGGUGUCAAUUUGAUCACCGGCUGGGCCUUUAUACAGGGAAUUCCUGUGGGUAUCUUGGCUAAUAACAAUGUCAUUUUCACUCAAGAGGCCAACAAAGCCACUCAGUUUAUCCAACUGUGCAAUAUGAAGAAUACACCUCUGAUUUACCUGCAAAACAUCACUGGAUUCAUGGUUGGCAAGCGCUACGAAGAAGAAGGCAUCAUUAAAGCAGGCUCUCGAUUUAUCAAUGCUGUCAGCAACUCCAAAGUACCUGCCAUUACAAUUAUGAUUGGUGCCAGUUACGGUGCUGGUAACUAUGCCAUGUGUGGUCGAGCCUACGAACCCCGAUUCCUCUUUUCUUGGCCAAAUUCCAAGUGCUCUGUCAUGGGGGCCGAACAAUUGGCAGGCGUCCUUGAUAUCGUCAUGCGUCAAGGCGCGGCUCGAUCGGGCAAGAAGAUCAACGAAGAAAUGGCAGCUCAAGGAAAAGCCAUGUUCCAAGCAUCCGUGGAAGCCGAAUCGGACGUAUAUUACACAUCCUCGCGAUUGCUUGACGAUGGAAUCAUCGAUCCGAGAGAUACACGCACUGUCAUUGGCUUUUGCUUAGCUGCUAUUUACAAUACCAAUGUGGAGGGAGGAAAUUUGUAUGGUGUCAGCCGCAUGUAAAGAAAGAGUCCCUUCCAUAAUUGUAAAAGACACCAGUUGAUAUAUAACAUGGAAAACAAUACAGACGUUUCAUAUAUUUAUUCAACC